GAGUCUCACUCUAUAAAGUUGCGCGGAUUAGGAAACAGACAUUUCAAGGGCAAUAAAAACUACCACAUCCAAUAAAACAUCGUGGAUCAAAGGAACCAAAGCAUGAGCUCUUCUUUUUUCUGUAUAUGAAAAGAGUGAAAUGACGUGUCGUUCGGCUCCGGCAACAUAUCCUCCCCUACGCGCCGAUUGGCCCAGAUAAAAGAGGAGGGGGGAUUUAAAUAAAAUGCACGCGCAGGUAUUAAAAGAACAGGGAGGGUGUUUGUAGGGCUGAUUGUAGGACUGUUUUUGUAGGACUGUUUUUGUAUCCUGUAUCUCUGAGUCCAGAAGCCCCAGAGAGAAGCCGCUCUGCUGGCAGCGCUCCGCGGGCGAGUGUGGGGUUCAGCUCGGCUAAGUAAAGUCACCUGUUCCGCUGAGUUGUGUAAGGAGCGCCAGCCUGCGCGCUCUUUCCUCAGCCCGUUUAGUGUUUCCCCGCUCAGUCAGGCGCGUGACUUUAUCCGGGGGAGAUGUGCAGUCAGGAGAAGCUCACAGUGAUGAGUCUGAUCCGCUCGGCGCUGGUUCUGGGGCUUCUUCAGUCCGGAGCCCUAAGCGCCAAAAGGCUCCGGGGAGGGCGCAGUGAGCGGCGGGUAUCCGUGCUGCCGUCAACGUCCAGCCGCCAGCGCGGCGACACCACGAGCACCGAGAGUUUCGCCCUGGACUUCACGGCUGUAGAAGACAACGUGGACAGUUUCAUGGCUCAGGUGAAGAACCUGGCGCAGUCCUUGUACCCGUGUUCCGCGCAGAAGCUCGACUAUGACAUGAAGCUACAUUUUGUGGAAAAUGCAUCAGUCACCUGCAACGACGGAACACCAGCUGGAUACUACCUGAAAGAGUCAAGAGGAAGCAGAAGAUGGCUAAUAUUUCUAGAGGGUGGGUGGUACUGCUUCAACAAGGAGAACUGUGACAGCAGAUAUGAAACAAUGAGAAGGUUAAUGAGCUCCUCAAAAUGGCCCCAGACCAAAACAGGCACAGGUAUUCUGUCUUCUCUCCCAGAGGAAAACCCACACUGGUGGAAUGCCAACAUGGUGUUCCUUCCGUAUUGCUCUAGUGAUGUGUGGAGCGGAGCCACUCCAAAAACAGAUCAAAAUGAUUAUGCCUUCAUGGGUUCCCUCAUCAUAAAAGAAGUGGUAAAAGAUCUACUGAGUAAGGGUCUGGACAAUGGCAAGAUUCUGCUCUUAGCUGGAAGCAGUGCGGGUGGUACUGGAGUAUUGCUGAAUGUGGACGCUGUUGCUGAGCUACUAGAACAACUGGGCCAUCCCAAUAUCCAAGUGAGGGGACUGUCUGACUCUGGUUGGUUUUUGGAUAACAACCAGUACCGCUCCACUGUUUGUGUGGACACUAUCAGCUGUGCCCCAACAGAGGCCAUCAAGAGGGGCAUCAAAUAUUGGGGAGGUGUUGUUCCUGAACGCUGUAGACAGGCAAAUAAAGAGAGUGACUGGAAGUGUUUCUUCGGUUAUCAAGUUUACCCAACAAUUAGACGGCCAGUGUUUGUGGUACAGUGGCUUUUUGAUGAGGCCCAGCUGACAGUGGACAACAUACAUCUGACCGGUCAGCCUGUCCAAGAAGGACAGUGGCGUUACAUACAGAACCUGGGCAUAGAGCUCAGGAACACUCUCAAAGAUGUCCCAGCCCUGUUUGCCCCUGCAUGCCUCUCCCAUGAGGUUAUCACAAGAAACUACUGGAUCGACAUUCAGGUGAAAGGAACAUCUCUUCCAAGAGCUCUGCACUGCUGGGACCGCAGUCUCCAUGACAACAAUAAAAACAACAAGACAACCCACCACAAGGGUUGCCCCAUGCACUUGAUUGACAGCUGCCCAUGGCCCCACUGCAACCCAACGUGCCCUACUAUCCGAGACCAGGCCACGGGACAGGAGAUGAAUGUAAUUCAGUUUCUCAUGCAUAUGGGCUUUGACGUGCAGAAGAUGGCUCAGCAGCAGGGCAUGGACCCCAGCAAGCUACUGGGAAUGCUUAGCAGUGACAGUUAAGCGUCCUGGCCGCAGAUGGACAUCCUCACUUCUCAGGCGGCACUUCCUGCGUCUGGCUGUUAAGAUACCUCUGAAUUCUGACCUCCUACCCUAAAGUGUUCCCUGACCUCACCGGUACUCCCACCUCCUGGAUCAUGUUCUGGUUUCCACUGGAGGACUUUUUCUUUCCCCUUUUCGGCACUGACCUUAAGUAACGCUGGACUAUGUUAUCAUUAACAUCUUGCAAAUUAAAUUAUGCUUAAGAACAUUAGUAUUCCACUCAGGCCUGUUUUAAGCAUCACAAUUGCAAAUCCUUUGAUUUUACACAUGUAUUUAGUAUACAGCACUGACAAGGUAGAUAUUCAGAUGUUUGCAGUAGUAGUGGUUAAUGGAAAUUCUAAUUUGUGUUUCUUGUUGUUGAUUUGUUAGGCCUAACCAGCCUACUGUUAACUAGUGUUCAUUUAUUAGAUACGUUAGUUUCGGGUUAAGCAUUGUUUAACUUAAUCUUCUGGUUGUAAAUAUACGACGAAUGUAAUUUAGCUGGAUUAUGACCGAUUAUGAAGUUGGAUAAUAAAUGUUGCCAGUUAAUUGUUUUUAAAACAAAAUAUAUAUCUAUAUUACACAUUAUUAAACACGUGUGUCAAUCCAAAGUAAAUAUGUGUAGAAUAGCAGUUAACCUUUGGUGAUUAACUCUAUUGUGUCAAAGGCCAAGUUUAGUGGGAAAUAUUAGUCAAGAAGUGCAUUCUUACAGCAGCUGUUUUUAGAAAAGUAGGAAAAUAUUAAGGUAAAUGUAUUUUUGUAUUGUCAUGCAAACUCUGGUUGGACAUACAAUUAAACAAAACAUGGGAUGCUGUGUUUAAGACCUGCUAAUUAAUUUUUAAGUACAUGCUGCUUCCUCACCAUUGUGACCAGAAUGAGCUGUAAAUGUUUGAACAUUAGUUUAAACAUGUCUUUUUUACUCAGGUUGGCUUACUCAUUUUUAUAUAUAUCACGAGUGAUUUAAAAAAACUUCUGACCACAAUUGCGCUACUACAAUAGUUAUAUGCAAAUUAACCUACGUUUAAAAUGUACUUUUAGAGACGGCAGGAAAGAGAAGAAGAAUCUUAUAUUUACAUCAUUAUCUUAUUGAUAUUUGCAAACUGGUCAAACGUUUCUUUUAACUUGAACUUGUGAUAUGAUUUAUUUUUUUUAUAACAUUUGACUCACUUGAGAAUUUGUUUCUUAAAAGUGUCACACUGUUUUUAACUAUUUAAAAGAAUUUAAAUUCACCUUUUCAUAAAAGUAGUUUUUUAAACAUUUGUGCAGAAAAUAAAGAUCUUUUAACAAAAGCUGAGGUAAAAAAUGUAUUGCAAACUAUUUUCCUCUGUAACAUUUUAUAUUAAACUCAAAGCUAUGGUGUUUCUUUACAAUGUAAAUCAAAUUUUAUAAGCUAUAUUUACAAAGAGAAAUAAUUCUUUGUAUAUUUGUAUAUUCUUUUUUUGUCAUCUGUAUGUACAUCUUUACAUCAUUACAGUUAUUCCAAAGAACUGUGUCAUUGACUCAUUACUGUUUUAAGAAGCUCCCCAAGAAUAUAUGAAAUGUGUGUUCAUAAAAAUAGUUCAACUCAUCAUAUUCAUUUAUUCUUGUGAAUUUCUUCUUAUUUGUAAAAUAUGGUUGAUCAUUAAAUAUCACAGUGAACAAAUUGAAAGUGCUGCGAUUAAAUUGUGAAUAACAGUGAACUAA